UCCAGUAUCACGGUCAUCACAAUUUAAUAAGCGUUUUGUGAUUUUCAGCACACUAUUUUGCCUGUGCUAUAAAGAUAAAAAGACAUGGCCUCUCGGGGGAAAUCGGAAACGGGAAAACUAAAGCAAAAUAUGGAAGAACAGCUGGACAGGUUAAUGCAACAACUCCAAGAUUUGGAGGAGUGCAGAGACGACUUAGACGACGAUGAGUACGAAGAAACAAAAAAAGAAACGUUAGAACAGUUAAGCGAGUUCAACGAGUCCCUUAAGAAGAUCAUGUCGGGGAAUAUGACACUUGUUGAUGAAUUGGGAGGAAUGCAGUUGGCAAUCCAAGCUGCAAUCAGUCAAGCCUUUAAGACCCCCGAGGUUAUCCGUCUGUUUGCCAAGAAGCAGCCUGGGCAGCUAAGGACCAGACUGGCCGAAAUGGACCGUGAUGUGAUGGUGGGAAAACUUCCCAGGGAUGUGUACACUCAGCAGAAAGUAGAAAUUCUCACUGCCCUGAGAAAGCUGGGGGAAAAGCUGACAGCUGAAGACGAAGCUUUCCUUGCUGCAAACGCCAGUGCUACCCUCAGCCAAUUUGAGAAGGUGACCGCCAACCUGGGGUCUGAGGAUAAGAUUAUGGCCUUGGCUAGUUCUGGAGUUGAGAAAAACAAGACAUAAGGAUGCACUUGACACGAUGCUCUGCGUCUGAUUUUGUUCCCGUCCUGUUUUCUACAUGUGGUGUGAACGAUUUUAUCGUGUUUUAGAGUGAGAGCAGUUUUUAAUUUUAGUAAUAAAAAAAACCAAUGAGCUGCCAUCUAAACACAGACAGCAAAAUCACGGAAUUUAACAAGUGCUGUCUUAUGUAAUCUGGUGUUCAUGUAAAAUGUACACAAUCCAAACACACUGGAUGUUUUUGUAAUGCAUGUUUGUUAGAUGGGGAUAUGUAUUAGGUACAAUGAAACACAUGCAAUGUGCAAGGGGUUUACAUUAUUGCUGGAAUGUCUUGAAGUUUACUGUUC